CCAAAAUCCCCUCGCUCCAAAAACCCCUCAUCCUGUUCGUCUGCCCCAAUCAAACCCUAAUCCUCAUACAGAGCCAUGGCCAUCACGCGUUCCGGCAGAGGGCGCUCCUUCCCGGUCGACAACCAGCCCUACCCCGCCACCAGUGGCCGUGGCCGUGGCCGUGUUCGUGGUCGUGGUCGUGGUCGUGGCCGUGGCCGUGUCCUUAUCCGUCACCGAUCACCCUCCCUACCCUUGAACCCAACCCGAAAUCAACAUCGACAGGAGGAGGAGGAGCCCGUACGAAAUCAAUUAGUACCGGAGUUGCAGGAAUCAAUAGCAGAGGAGGAGGAGGAGUCUGUAGACAGCCUUAUAGAAAGCUUACAGAAAGAAUCUCUGGUGGCUCUGGUUAUGGAAGCAAUCUCCAAUGACCCUCAUUUGAUUGAGAGGGUUCGUAAUCUGGCUGAGGUUGAUCCCGCCCAAAGAGAGAUAUGGGUGUCCCAAUUUGGAAGGCAGACCGCUCUCACUUCUGAGACGUUGAAUUCUUUCUUUGGAAGAUAUGGAGAAAUUGAAAAUUGCAGCAUCAAUGUCUAUCAGAAAGAUGCGAAAGCAGAGAGCCGAGGCUACAUUACCUUUAAGCAGCGAAAGGCCGCGUGGGAGGCAGCGAAGGAGCCAUCCCAUAAGAUCGGCGACAGCUAUGUCAGGUGCAUACUGCCCUCUCUUUGGCGCUUCCCCAAUGCUUCCCGCUGGUUGCAAUUGCCCGGUUACAAUCCUGUGUUGGGAUGCGAAUUCAGAUAUCCAUAUAAGUUACCAGAAAAUCAGUACGCCGCCACCUCCUCCACCACUGAGGAAGAAGAAGAGGAGCCUCUCGAGAAGCUUCUGGAAGCGUUAGGGACUUACAACCUGGUUUCAUUAGUGAAGGAAGGACUAAUGAAAACCCCAACUAUACUAGCGAGCCUCUACAAGCACGCUGAGAUUGAUCCGACUCUUCGACAUAUCGCAGCUUACCGCAUUGGCCCCUAUUUCAUGACUAAUAGGACGAUUGUGAAUUCAGUAUUUGAAAAGUACGGUGAGAUAGAACGCUGCAGGUUUGAUGAAGAUGGUGUUCAAGUAUUAUUCAAGCACCGAAACAGUGCAUGGAAAGUGCUGAAAGAACCAUAUCUAAAAAUUGGUGACUACCUCGCAAGGUGCAUGCGACCAUCAGGGAGCCGCGGCAUGCUUUUUUGGACGGACAGUUGAACAAUGAGCACCAGCCACCCACAUCUUUAGGUGGGUGUCUUUAGAUUCAUCAAACAUUUUGGACUCUAGUGAUUCGUCAAACUGAAAGUUUUGGACUGGUGAUUUUGUAUGAACUUCCUGAUGCUCGUGUAGAUAAUGCUUUAAUUAUUAUUUACCUAAUGACUAGAAUCUACAUUCUCCGUACUUUCCUAUCUAUUCAAGUACUUCAUUUUUUUGGAUGUUUCCAAAACAAUGUGGUAUUUUUGUGUCAAUAUUUAUGUUUCUAAAGAACUCUUUGGGAAUAACAUCCUCAAAACAUCAGUUAUUACUCAGAACAUCAGUUGUGUGGAUUUUUGGGCAUAUUAAUUUUUCUGCAAGUGCUUUAUAAUGGAAUUAUGUUCAGAAUUGAAGUUGAUAGUAUUGUUUGUU